AUGCAACGCGCAGCACUCCGCGGGUUACCCAAAGCCUCAACUCUUCUUAUCACCUUCGAUGCAUUCGGCACCCUCUUCCACCCCCGCAUACCCGUCCCCGAGCAAUACAUUGCGACCGCGCAUCAAUUCGGGCUAUCCCACCCUUCUAUCACCCCAGAUAACCUCAAACUUGCGUUCAAAGAUACAUAUCGUGCCCAAGCGUGUCGAUACCCAAAUUACGGUCGGGCGGACGUACUCCAGGGCCAGUAUGGCGGGCCGCGGCAGUGGUGGGAGGAGGUGAUCAGGGGGAGUUUCACGCGUCUGUUGUCUCUGGAAAAUGGCGCGACUUACCAUGAAGAACCUGAGAGCCUAGGAGGGAACAACGAAGAUCAGGUCAAGCUUCCUGCUGGCAUGGUGGAAGCCUUAUUGGACCAAUUUGCUGGUCCCAAGGGAUACGCGCUCUUUGACGACGUGCUCCCCUUCUUUCGCCGAGUGCGCAAACUAAAGACCGCAGAGAAAUGGUCGUUCAAUAGGGUUAUCGUGGGUGUGGUAUCUAACUCGGACGACCGUGUUCCCGCUGUGUUGAAAUCGUUGGGCUUGACUGUUGGGGAUAUGCGCGCCGACCAGGACCGAUCAAGUAUGGACCUCCCUGGAUUCGAGGAACGAAGCAUCAAAAAUAAGGAUACCCAAUCGCAUAACAAUAAUCUUGAGGAUCCCAACCGGGAGCUUGAUAUUGAUAUGGUGAUCACGAGCUAUGAAGCUGGCGAAGCGAAACCUCAUCGUCUGAUCUUCGAUGUGGCCAGACGCCAGGCUCUAGAGGUUUCCCGUCCGUGGCUAACUCGGGAAACUAAAUUCGUGUCUGUACAUGUGGGAGAUGAUUAUAAAGAGGACUAUCGGGCUGCAAGGAACGCAGGCUGGGAGAGCUAUAUGAUUCGAGAGUCUCCUCCUAGUAUUGACGUUGACGUUGACGUGAAGUUCCUUCCGAGUCUCAUGGACUUGGCUAAGAAAUUGGAGAAUUUUCCAUAA